AUGAUGACCCUCAAGAGCGGCACCGGCCAGGCCUGCGCUGCCUGCAAGUACCAGCGCAGAAGGUGCACCCCCAAAUGCCUCCUCGCCCCCUUCUUCCCUGCCGACCAACCUAAAAUGUUCAGAAACGUCCACAGGCUAUUCGGCGUUAAAAACAUUCAGAACUUACUCAAGGACCUCAGCCCCGACCACAAAGCCAUGGCUAUGGCUAUCAAGUCCAUCAAGUUCCACGCCAAUAUGCGCGAUAAGUAUCCUGUCUUAGGAUGUCUCGUCGAAAUUCGACACCUCACUUACCAGAUUCAGAUGGUUGAGGAGGAGCUCCAGGCUGUUCUGCAUCAGAUCGCUUAUUUCCGGCAGCAGUCGCAGACUGCUGCCGGAACCGAUGAUUACCUGUCGGAAUUGCAGCUCGGCAUGGCGCCUCCUGGAAAUGGAACGAAUCUGUCGGUUAUACAGGAAGAUCAUAGCAACAAUCCGCCGCAGUAUAAUGGCGCGAUGAUGACGAAUGCUGCUCUGGCGGAUUACGGGAUGAAUUGCCUGGAUUUCAAGGAGAACAAUGUGGUUAAUUCACUGGCGAUUGGUAUAAAUUAUCUGGAUUUCAAGGAUAACAACGAUGUCGAUUCGUUGUGCCGACAGACUUACAGCAAUAGCAAUGAUGAUAAUACGAAUUCGACGGAGAUGCGAUUGCCGCCGCAGAUGAUUCUACCAGUUCAUCAGGAAACAACAGGUCAUGAUUACAAUGAAAUACAGACGUUUUCUGAUAAUAUUGAUGAUACACAGUCUUACAUUGGUUCUAAGGAAGCUUAUGAAUCCAGCUUAGAGUCACCAUUGAAAGAUCCAAGACAGCUCGUGGAGCAAAUGGAUGAAAAUGAACUCAAGAGUGCUGCAGCAUGUUUUAGCCUAACAAGUGUAAACUGAUGAGAAGUGUUGAGGCCUAACAGGUGUAAACUGUGAAAAAAUGUUGUGGGACGCAAUCGUCCAAUUUUUGUUUUCUUACGCAAUUACAUUGCAUAAAAUUGGCCUGUCAAUCUUUAUACUACUUGCUCUAAUCUUCUAUGUGCUCAAGGGAAUCUAUGGUUCGAUUUCAACCUAAGGUGCUUCGUGUUUUUGGGUCGUGAAGAUGGUUUAGAUCUAGAUCAAGAUCAAGUUCAAGUUAAAAGAAUCAUAGCCACAGAAACAAUCAACUUCAGCGCACAGAAGAAAAUGCAAUUAAGGCAAUAGCAUACAGCUAAAAGCCACGCUGCUCGACCGAGUAAUAGAGGAA